AUGCAGGCCUAUCAGCAGCCCUUCGCCCAACCCAACAAGGGGACCCUCAUUCCUGGCCAGUCCAUCACCGUGAACAAGUAUACUGUCGUGGUCGAGCGCUACCUCAGUCAAGGUGGCUUCGCACACGUAUAUCUUGUCAGGACCGCACAACCCGUAUACAAUACCUCCCACCAUGUCCUCAAGCGAAUCGCGGUGCCGAAUGAAACCAUGCUUUCAGAAGUCAAGAAGGAAGUGGACAUCAUGAGAAUCCUCAAGGGCCACCCCAACAUCGUCUUCCUCAUUGAUGCCGCCUGGCAUCGCCUACCAAACGGCACGUACGAGGUCUUCAUCCUCAUGGAGUUCUGCCCUGGCGGUGGAAUCAUCGACAUGAUGAACCGGCGGCUACGUGAACGCCUCACGGAAGCCGAGAUCCUCACUAUCUUCGUCGACGUGUGCGAAGGCUUGGCGGCCAUGCACGCGCUCAAGCCACCAAUUCUGCACCGUGACCUGAAAGUCGAGAACAUCCUCCAGGCGUCUCCGACUUCUUACAAGCUAUGCGACUUCGGCAGUGCUACACCAGUGCAGAAAGUACCCUCAAACACGCAAGAGCUCCGCAUGCUGGAAGCGGACCUCAACCGACACACCACGCUACAGUAUCGUGCUCCUGAGAUGAUCGACGUACACCUGCGAAGACCGAUCGACGAGAAGAGCGACGUAUGGGCGUUAGGUGUGCUCCUAUACAAGCUCUGCUACUACACAACCCCCUUCGAAGAACACGGACCGUUGGCCAUUCUCAACGUUCAGUACAAGAUACCCCCAUAUCCCGUAUAUUCGGUGCAGAUGAACAGCCUAAUCGCUUCCAUGCUCAAGGAACACGGCACGCAGCGGCCAAGUGUGUUCGAGACCCUGCAACAUGUACACGCACUCCGUGGGACCAAGUCGCGCUUCACAUAUAACAUCCCAGCGAGAGAACCGCUCUCGCCUCGCUCUCUCCAGGCACCUUUGCAGGCACUCUCGCCCAACAUCGCCUCAAACCCUCUCGACGACCUUGUUUCAUACAAGUCUCAGCAACCGGCGAAGAAUGCAGGUGUCGAGGCACGCGAGAAGGUCCUUGAGGCCAUUGCGCCCAUGCGACGCGGUCGCCCACAGCAGUCGAAUGGUCCUUCUCGGAUACCUUCACGACCAUCCAGUCCCGAAAAGCCAGUGGCCUUCGAGACGAAGUUUGGUAACGAGGACGACCGUUCAUGGAAAGCUCUUCGUCCUUCCAAGUCCGGAUUUCCCGGAGCAGGCAGCGAUGCAGCUUCUCUCAGCAGUCGGACCGAUGCGGACGCUUGGAGUCUUGACUCGCGACAGCCGGGACAGAAGCCUGAUCCCAACAUACGGCGCGGGUUUGACAGCGACUUCAGCACCGACUUUGGGAGCAAGUUCACCGGCGCUCAGUCUGGUCGCGCACCCCCAACGAGCAAGCCUGCUGAGAGUAAUGCAUCUGGGUUCAAUGCAGGCUUUGGUGAUGCAUUCGACCCGGCGAAGACGUCAUCCUCUCCCCAGCCGUCUUCGCGCUUACGCAUGAGUCGAAUAGGCAAGGAUGCGUUCGAUGGACUAGGCCUCCCCUCGCCGGCUCCGCCAACCACCCUCGGUGAAGCGAGGAAGAGCCGCACAGGCUUGGCGAGCUUCAACGUACCCUCCAGCUCGAACGCACAGCUCAACGUACCGAUGGCCAGUGGGCUAGGAACCUCGAACACUGUCUAUCGUCCACCAAGCGUACAUUCGACGCGACCAACACCCUCGCCACAACCCCAGCCGCAGUCUUCGAACUUCUCGCCCAUCCCGCCACCGUCGCAGUCACAGACAUGGCGGCAGCAUAUCAAGGCUCCGUCGUCGUCUCAGGACGCCCUCUCCGCCGAGGAGCGGUUCCCCUCGCUGGAGGAUCUCGACCGUACAUUUGGCUCGCCCUCACCACCCGUAUCCACUGACAAGCCUGCGCCACGUGCUGCGGACCGCCCACCAUCGCGCGGCAGCUACACUCAGACCAUCGGGGUAUCGGCGGGCAAGGGUCGUUACGAUGGUGUUCGCUCUCAGCAUGUCACAGGCAGUGCGAUGCGCGACACGCGGCCACCUGCCUCGCGCCAAUCGACGUUCUUGCGGAGUGUCGAGGCAACCAAGGCGGAAGACGGUCCUAGCAAGCCGCCGAUGAUGAGCCGACCAUCACUGUCACGCAAGCACCGUAGCUCGACGACGAUGAAGACCCCUACGCUAUCCGACACGCCCGACUACAUGUCUGGCGCGCCAUCUGGUUCUGCUAUACCGCCCUCGCUCCCGCCAAGGCCACAACCGCAGUCGACUCCGCGCACUGAGCCUCGAGACUGGCUAACAGGAGCUGACGAUGACCUUAGCUCCGCGACGGCGCGGGCAACGACACCAACGCACGACUCGCAGCCCGUUCUCCGCGACUCUCCUAGCAAGCGUGCAAGCUAUAUCGAGCGCAGCCCUAUUGCCUUCCAUCAGCCACUAGAGGCGGAGAGCGUCGUACCAUCUCGUGCUCCAGAGAUGUCUCGGUCCGCAACUACAGAGCUCGAGCGCGAGUGGAACAGCGCGCUGGACAGGCUGGACCACAUCCCCGCAGGAAAGAGCGAGCGCCUGAAGGAGCGGGAGCGGAUACAGGCCGACCGCGAAGAGGCGCAGCGGAAGCUGGAGACCGGCCGCUCGCGCGAGCCCGUCGCAACGAAGGCCUUCAUCACGCGUGGGGACGUCGACACGAGCGGGCUUGGGCUGCAGAUCCCCCCGGUCGAGACGCGCGCACAGAGCACAACCCCAUCUCCGAGCGGACUCACGGAUAACUGGAGCCCGUUGCACUCGCCCGCCGGGUCGUCGAGCAGCGAUGGCGGCCCGGAGGACGUUGGGGGAUUCAACCCGAAGGCUGGAGGGGCGAAGUCCCGCUCUACGCGGGGUGGUGCAAACGGGUUCGGGGCGAUGGUACCUCCCAAGGAGGGCGAGCGCAGGCGUCGUACGCGGAGCAAGGGGAGACAGAGUUCUGUGCACGACCUCGUCGACCUCUGGGGUGGAGGACUCGAGAAGGAGAAGGAAAAGGAGAAAGAGAAGCCGAAGAGCAGCAUGGGCCCUCCGCCCGGGAAGAGGAGCUCUAUCAUCGUGCCCGCCGCGACGAUGAAACCGCCUCCGCUCCUGAACAAGCCGCGCUCGGCGUCGCCUCAGCCUCUGCAGACGGCUGCAAGCGGCCAGUCAUCGCGGCAAAUGCCUUCGCCGACGAAGCACGUUAAGCAACCAUCCAGCAACGCCGCGAGUCGCCGCCUACCUGUCCCUCCUUCCCCUUCCCCGUCGGUGGAUUCCUCCACUACUGCCACCGGGCGCUCUCGUCCAGCCUCGAUGUUUAUCUCACCCGUGACUGCGUCGAAGUCGACGCCUGGGGAGUUGGCGUCCUCGUCCGAAGCGGCUUCGACGUUCGCUCAGCAAGCCCUCUCCCCGCCUGACACGCCGCGCUCGCGCCGCACCGGGCGGCGGAGCUCGAUUUCGGACAUGGUGUUGCGGUACGAGGCCAUCGGCGCAAAGCCGAAGACGCAGGCUGUAGCCCCAUCUGCGCCCACGAAGCCUGCUGGGCUCACGCUCAAGACGCAUCAGAGCACCAGCAGCGCGGCGUCCAUGUCGACGACGUCAGACAUGUCCCCCUCGGCUGCGGCUACCCGCUUCCCGAAUCUCUCUCCUGCGACGUCCCCCGUACUCACCAAGGCGAAUCUCGCGGUGCCAGACUCCACCGUAGGGGGUUUCGCGCGCGACUUCGCGAAGCACAGGACGUCGCCGACGGGGCUCCCCACACGCAGCUCGCCCGUCGGGCGCCUUGAGACCCCAUACGGGAACGCGUUCGGGAGCAACAACACGGGUACGUCGAUCAACGGGCUCCCAACGCGCCGUUCGCCGCUCCCGCAGGAGCCGGUGCGUGAGCCACAGCCCACGCGCGCAGCGACGAUGGGGGACAUGGUGCCACCACCGUCGCCGCGGAUGGAACGCAAGAUGUCGGUGCAGGGCGAGAACGCGACCGGGAGCGGGCUGCCGGUGCGCUCGCCGUCGCCGGAGAAGCCGUUCCAGGGCGUGUCGAAGCUGAUCGACCGGUGGAACCGGGCGGUGGACGAGACGAACCCGGCGGCGCCGCGCGGGCGGGGGGGUGCGCCUGCGCGGCGGGCGAUGGUGACGGGCGGAUCGGGGCGGGGUUGA